GCCAACGCGGUGGUACCCUCCCACACUCUCAACUGCGACAACAGUGACUGUAGCUGUACAGAGAAGCGAAAGACUGUCCUUCCUCAAGUUGUAGUACAAAUCAAGCUCUCGUGCCUGUGCUGCCGCUUCUUAGAUGCUGAACUUCUGACUAGCGACACUUUGUCUUUCGUCUUUCUCCCCCCGGCCUUCGACAAACCGGCUAUCAUGGAAACAGAACUGCCCGUCAGGCUGACUUUCAAAGGGCGAGAGUUCAGGUUCCACCUGACGCCCUCCCUGUCUCUAGGAGACGUGGCUGCCGAGAUACGGAGACACACUGAGAUGAGCACCGAAACUCCCUUCAACCUCAAAUGGCUCGACGUCGAAGGUGACCCAGUGAGUGUGACCAUGGACCGCCAGAGAGAGUGGGAUGAAGCCGUGCGACUCCACUUUUACAACCAGGAGAACGAACUAUUUCUUCAUGUAUUUGAGGGGAAUCCCCCAGAGCCGGGCAAACUCUGCCGUGGAGAAGACAUGCGUAUCUACCAGCGUCGUGGGGCACGGCGUUGGAAGAAAGUUCGUAGGGUCAACGGACAUGGUUUCGUUGCCAAGCGAUUCCAGACGGCCUACUGCGAGAAAUGUCACGACCGUAUAUGGGGCCUAGGUCGCCAAGGUUACCGCUGUGAGGCGUGCAAGAUGACGGUGCACAAGAGGUGUGCUUAUUUCCUCAAACCAGAGGAGGUAUGCAAAGGACAUCCGCCGGUGAAGGGGGAGGAGGAGAAGGAGGGAGAGGGACGAGUGAAGAAAGUGAGACAGACUGAUGAAUACAACCAGCACCUUCGCAAAGAGGGAACCAACCCAGUCGCAGAGUCCCGAAUCUCGCUGGCGGAUUUCAACAUCCUCAAGGUGAUUGGCCGAGGGUCGUAUGCCAAGGUCCUGAUGGUGGAGCUAAAGUCGACAAAGAGGAUAUACGCCAUGAAGGUCAUCAAGAAGGACCUCGUCAUGGAUGAGGAGGACAUUGAUUGGGUGCAGACGGAGAAACAUGUGUUUGAGCAGGCCUCCAACCAUCCAUUUCUGGUGGGACUUCACUCCAGCUUCCAGACUGAGAGCAGACUGUUCUUUGUGAUAGAGUGUGUGAACGGAGGUGACCUCAUGUUCCACAUGCAGCGACAUCGCCGGUUCCCCGAGGAACACGCCAGGUUCUACUCUGCAGAGAUCUCCUGUGCCCUCAACUACCUUCAUGAGAGAGGGGUAGUGUACCGAGACCUGAAGCUGGACAACGUCCUCCUGCGACGUGGACGGCCACAUCAAACUGACCGACUACGGGAUGUGUAAGAAGGGGCUGAGGCCUGGCGACACCACCUCAACCUUCUGCGGAACUCCCAACUACUUGCCCCGGAGAUACUCCGCGGACACGACUAUGGGUUCUCAGUAGACUGGUGGGCUCUGGGUGUCCUACUCUACGAGAUGCUGGCCGGCAAGAGUCCUUUUGACAUCGGAGAUCGUCACGACAUGCCUGACCAGAGCACCGAGGACUACCUCUUUCAGGUGAUUCUGGAGAAGACCAUUCGGAUUCCUCGCUCCCUCUCCGUCAAGGCCGCACAGGUCCUCAAAGGCUUCCUCAACAAGAACCCGACGGAGCGACUUGGUUGUCAUCCGCAGACCGGUUUCCAGGAUAUCGUCUCACACGCCUUCUAUAAGACUGUGGACUGGGAACUGCUGAAGCUGCGACAGUUGACUCCGCCCUACAAACCUAGAAUUGACAGUGAUCGUGACCCCUCGAACUUUGACCCCCAGUUUGUGGUCGAACCAACUGAAUUCACUCCCGACGACCCGUCCACCCUGGCAGCCAUCGAUCAAACAGAGUUCGAAGGGUUUGAGUACAUCAAUCCUCUUCUCAUGUCCAAAGUCGACGACGUCUGAAAAAAUCGUGCAAAUUUUUAGCAGCCAAAUUUUUUUUUAAGAGUAAUUAUCACAAACUCCUGUUUAUACUGCUGCAACUCAUGCCUUCAUUUAGUUCUGUUUAGAAUUUUAUUUUUGAUGAAAUUUACAACAUUAUCAAUUUUUACAACAGUAUUACAUACAUCACCUUAUAAACACAUGAAAGAAACUGCUAUUAUUGGUAACAGACUUGCAUGAUGUAAGGUGUGUGUACUAUAUUUAGCGAUGUAAUCAGUCGUCAAAUGUCAUCUUGGAGCCUCUGAAUUCCUGAAUGGCUCCGAAAUUCCUGGCCCUCCCUGGAGACGGCCCUCCUGUGACGGGAGAGAGGGGGAGAAGAUGGUAAUGUUUUCAUAGACAGGCAAAGAGCUGUCCUGGGUGGAGUUGACUUGUUUGCAUUUCUACCUCGUUACCAAGUUGUUGAGACAUGCUAAUGCUUCACAAACGUUGCAGCAAAGUUUAGCUGCUAGAUCUUAGAGAAACAGCAUGACAUGGGCGUCCAGUGGGCAAUGUGACAGACUGCGAACCCAGCUUUAGCCUCUUUAGAGAACCACACACAAAAACAUGGACAUUCGUGUGAUCACAUGUUCCAGAAAACUUGCACAAAGGUUGGCAAAUCUCAAAAGUAAAUAGCCAAAGGAUUUCAUUCAAUAAGAUGGGAAAAAACCACCACUAUACGGAAAACUUCAGCAUUAGCAUUUGUAUGUAUGUCGACAUUAUACAAUGAAGACCCACUCACCUCUCCCUCUGCCUCCUCUUCCUCUGCCAAAUCCUCUCUCUCCUCUGCCAUAUCCUCUCUCUCCUCUCUCCUCGGCGUAGCGGAGGAAGAUGGACAUUCCGUCAACAUCCGU